AUGAGUAAUUGGCUACCUAAAUGGAAUUCACCCAAAUCAGAGCCUUCUGAGCAGUUUGUGGCCAAUCCAACAUCAUCAGAAUCCGAGCAACCUCCAACUAAAUCACCUGAAGGAUCAGUAAGCAGAAGCUUUUCAUCUACAUUCACUCCUUCGACAUGGAUGAACUGGGGGAGAGCUAACAACGAACAAUAUCUACAUGAUAACGAACACGCAGUCAAUGCUGAUGAUGACGAAGAGGAUGAUGACGAGGAUGAAGAUUACAAUAAUGAUGAUAUUGAUGAUCAAAUAAAAGAUAGGAAAAAGAGUUCAUCAUCUUGGAAAUUUUGGAAUAGAGACUCUCCACCAUUAGACAGUGAUGGAGAGGGAUCCAAAGGGGAGUCAAAUUCUGGCGGAACUAAUGACAACAAUAAUGAUAAACCAAAAGAUAAGAAACGAAAACUCAAUAAAAAAGAAGAUAAAGUAGACACAAAAGAGAAGGAUAAAGAAGAAGAGAAGAUGAGCCAUAUCAAUAGGAUCGUAAAUUCUACACCAUCAUUCCCCAAACCAGACAAACUGGACGAAGAAGGGAACUCUAGAGAUGAUGCGGUCCUUUAUAAACCUCAUGACAAUUCCAAGGAGUUUGAUAAAAUAAACACUCAUAAGAACGAAAAUUUGAAGGAAAAUAUCAUUGUACCGGACUGGGAUAACUGUUUGCCAAUGCAGAAUUCACUUACGGCUAAGAAUAACAUAACAUCGACAUUAUUCGGAAACAAUUCCACUUCCAAUGAAGCCAGUGCUGCCAAACUAGAUUUAACCAAUUGGAAACAAUUUUUGAGUCAACUUUCCACAAAAUUAGGGUUCAGUUCUCAAACUUUGACCAGUGUGAUGAACGAAGAAGAUCACGAAGAAGAUCAUGAGAAUUCUUCAGCUUCUAAAGAUAAGGUUGAAAAAGAAUUCAACCUUCUUUACGAGAGAACUUACAAGUUGUUUGGCAGAUCAUUGGCUAAGUUACCUCAGAAUAAGAGAGCUUGUUUGCCUUCAUAUAACAAAUACUAUACCAGGGCGAAGAACGACGAAGAGACAUAUGUUUAUGACCAACAAACUCAACUUGAAGAAGACGCUGAAGAUCCAAACACUAUUUCCAUCACCAACGAUCCUAUGGGAAACCUUUUGAUCAAUCAUCGUCCUAAAUCUAACAAUAGGUCUUCUAACCCUUUACUUAAGCAAGCAGAUAUAGUCAGUCAACGUAGUGGCCCAUUAAAGAAAAUCAAAAAGAUUCUUGUUAUUGGGGUUCAUGGAUUCUUUCCAACAAGAAUGAUAAGACCGCUUAUCGGAGCUCCAAAAGGUACAUCUUUGAAAUUUGCCAACGAAGCGGAAAAGGCUGUAAUCAGGUAUUGUAUUGAAAACGGAUUGAUCGAAGAACACAACUCAAAUGAUACCAGUAUCCAAAAAAUUGCUCUUGAAAAGGAAGGUAAAAUUUUUGACAGAGUUUCAUUCUUCACUGAAAUAUUACAAAAAUGGCAAGAAGAAUUGAAUAAUGCUGAUUUCAUAUUUGUAGCUGCUCAUUCACAAGGUUGUGUGGUAUCAAUCAUCCUUUUAGCUCAAUUGAUCAAAUUAGGUAUCUUGAAAGAUCCUUUAUCAAAACGAAUUGGUAUUUUAGGAAUGGCAGGUAUCAAUAAUGGACCAUUCUACGGUGUUGACCAAUCAUUCUUCAUGAAAGCAUAUUCUGCCAUCGAACAUGACUCUUUGAUGGAAUUGUUUGAAUUGACAAAAUUCGCUAGCGAACAAUCUUUGGUGUACAAAGAAUCCAUGCAAAUAAUUGUUAACUCCAAUGUAAAAGUUUGUUUUAUUGGUUCUAUCAAUGAUCAGUUGGUACCAUUGUAUUCUGCUGUAGCAUCGCACAUAUUCCACCCUAAUAUCUAUAGGGCAUGUUACAUUGACCAUUCAUCGUCUACACCAUUAUUCAUCCAAAAGUUGGUAUCAUUAUGUUGUCAAUUACAAAACAUGGGAUAUUUCGAUAACAAUGUGUUGAAAGAAUUAAGCACUGCUUUGGCGGGACCAUUGACAGGAGGUGGACAUUCUAAAAUUUAUAACGAUGGUAAAGUAUAUGAUCUAGGAGUUAAGUUUAUCCUCGAUACUGAUGAUAUCAUAAUUCCUCCAACGGAUUAUGCCCAAAGCUACAAAGUCGAUAAACCAUUGACUUACACCAUAAAUAACCAACCAAAAGAUGGGGUAGUAACUACAGGAGUUGGAGCUUAUGGCGCAUUUCCUAUUACGGAAGCUGAGGAAAUAAUCAAGUUGCCUAUAACUAACCAAGUUUAUAUUAAAGAAUUUAACAUCGGAAAAAUCGGCACCAAUCCUUUCAUACUACCAUGGUGUUUGAGAGGACUUCUUUUCAAUAUCGAAAAGAAUUGGCCCAAUAACAAGAAAUUAUUGAGUGUCAACAAAGGUAGCGAUUUAGGAAAAACAGGAUAUGAUGAAAUUAAUGAAUUAUAUGAAACUUUCGACGCUUGGAAACCUGAAAGUAAAGUAUUGAAAGAUUUGAAGUUCAGACUUAAUGGUCUUAGAGCGAGUAAGUUGUAA